GCGCACCAACCGACAUUAGGGAUUUUGAAAAUAAGCUCAAAUGAUAAAAUCGGUUUCGUUUGUUAAGACUGAUUUGUAAUUGAAUAUGGAAGAGGAGGGAGGUAAGGUUAGGGCGUUGAUAGAUAAGGCUACAAACUCAACAGCACGGGAGGUAGACCCACGUCUCCUCAAAGCCAUCAAAUCUGUGGUUCGGUAUUCAGAUUCCGAGCUCCGACUCGCCGCCCAAACGCUCAUGGACCUCAUGAAACGCGACCACUCUCAGGUUCGAUAUCUCACACUUCUGAUAAUUGAUGAGCUUUUCAUGCGAUCGAAGCUCUUUAGGGCGCUUGUUGCUGAGAACAUGGAUCAAUUAUUGAGUUUAAGUGUUGGAUUCAGAAGAAAUCUGUCACUCCCUGCUCCUCCCGCUAUUGCAUCCAUUUUGCGUUCAAAGGCCAUUGAAUUUUUGGAAAAAUGGAAUGCUUCUUUUGGGGUUCAUUAUAGACAGAUUAGAUUGGGCUAUGACUACCUUAAAAACACUUUGAGGUUUCAGUUUCCUAAUUUGCAAGCAAAUGCAACUCGGAUUCAGCAGGAGAGAAGGGAAAGGGAGAUGAGGACAAAAGAAAUUUUACGCAAUAAGUUUGGUAUGCUGCGGCAAAAUUUUUCUUCAAUAAAGAAAGAAAUACAGUCAACCGUAGAUGAGAUUGGAGAGUGUUUAGACAUUCUCUGUGCUAAAGAGGAAAAUAUGUUACUUGCUUCCUUAGAUGAUGAAGAUUUGGAGGAGUUCCAUUCUUCUGAACUGAGGCAGAUUCGUUUUGAUUCAUUGAAAGAAGGGGAAAAGGUGCAUGAGAAUAACGACAAUAAAGUAGUUUUUGAUGCAUUGAGGGAGUUGUACAAGCUUUUAGUGUCCAAGCAUCUGGUUUCCGUUCAAGAAUGGAUUUCUGUUCUUAUAAGGGUGGAAGUGCCAGACAGUAGGUUUAGAGAUUCAACACUAAAGGAAUUCAUUGAUAUACGAAAUCGUCUACUAUCAGUAAAGAAGAAAUGUGAAGAAUCAGGUUGUACUCUUGCAAACAAUGUGAAACCGCUCAAAGAGGAGGAAGAAGAAGACUUUUGGGAAGAGGGUAAGAUUGGAUCAACAGAGGAUAGGAAAACUAGCACACCCAAUGAAAACAAUAUUAAUCUUGCCAUGGCAUCAACCUCUGGCGAGGUCAGAAACGAGGAUCCCAAAAGCAGUAAUGAAAAAUAUGAAGGGAAUGGCACACUGGAUCAUGAAAGCGGUAAAGCUGAUUCAACAUCACUUAGGAGUAAGCUUUUAACUGAAGCCCCAAUGAUCGAGUGGGGAUCAUAUUUGAAUUAUUGGGGUUUGGACAGGGAAGUCUUGGCUAACCAGAGGGGCUUGGAGAUUGACAAUCACUGGGGUAGAGUAGACUUUGAUGCAGUUAUUCCAGCUGAGAAGAUAGCAGAACUGAACCUUCGGGCAUCUCGUUACAAAGAAGAACCGGUAGAAAUUCAACCAUGCCGUGCUCCUUUGAAGAAAGGCGGCCUUUGUCAGAGAAGAGAUUUGGAAGUUUGUCCGUUUCAUGGACCCAUAAUACCCCGAGAUGAUGAAGGAAAUCCAAUCAAUCAGAGCUCUUCAAUAGAUGAGGAACUUACUAAGACGAAUCAGAUCUCUUCAAUGGAUACACUAACUAAGACGAACUCAUCAAUAGACGAGAUGACUUCUGAUUUUGGGUCUGAUUUAACAGAGCAAUUAGCAAAACAAGCUGUAAAGAAUAUCCGGGAUAGAGAUAAAGAGAAAGCAAGGAAGAGAAAAAUUGAUAAACAAUUGCUGAGUCGUGCAAAACUUGCUAAAGUACGGGAACACAAUGAAGCAGUUUUACGGGAUGCUGCAUUGGCUUCAACUUCGAGAUCUGCAGCUAUAGGAGAAGAAAUGGAGGUUGGCAAGGGGAAGAAACCACUGGCCAGAAAUAAGAAGCCAACUCUUGCAUCCAUGUUGCGGAAUAAACAAACGGCAAAAGAUAGGCUAGCUCAGAGACUUUUGAAUACCCGAACAAGGGAUUCAACAAUAAGACAGCUGACGAUGGGGGAGGAUGCAAAUUACCGAGAAGCCUUUCCAAAUCAGUGGUAAAUAGAUAUUUAAGUGCCAGCUGAUUGGCCUUUGGGAUUAGCACUGUGCUGCCGCUGAUUGAUUAAAAUUUCAGCCGUAUCAAGAGAUAUGAUCAGCCAUUUCAUGUGUCAUCUAAGGAGUUGAGGAUUUAGUUGUUACUGUCAGAUUCCUGUUGCAUAGAAGGUACUUCAAUUUAUCUUGUUAUAUAAUUAAAGUUGUUUGGACAAAGAGUUGUCAUAGUUGUUGAGACAGAAUUGUACGAAGUUAUAGGAAUAAAAGAAUUGAUAAAAAAUUGUAAUCACGCUCUCUGUUUUUUAUCCACAAUACAAAUGAGUAAAGGUUCAA